CUAAACAAUGGCCACUGCAGAAGCUGAACAAAUAGAUACAUUACAACGAGCGUCUGCAAAUGAACCAGUAGCCGAAGGACAAGAAGCAAUUUUGUCCAAAAUUUCCGUACUGACACAUUCUAGCGAGUCCAAGUUAUCGGCCAUUAUUGAAGAAGAUAGUACGCCCAGGGAUAAAUUUUACACCACAACGAAUUUCCAGAAAGAGCGGUUAGAACAGUUGUCCCAUCCAAAGUUGCUACAUCUAGAGGAAACCUUGGGAAGAUUCGAAAAUAUCACGAAAAACCAUGAAGUGAAUGAACGGAUAGUAAAGAUAAAAAUGCGACUACUAGAACUUCGAUCAGAAAAACCCGUCCGUCAGAUACGCACAGGGAAAUCUUCCAUCGAAUCACAAAACGAUAGAACCUUCUCAAUAUCACAAAACACGAAAGAAAUUUACAGCAAUCUACAAUCCAGUCUGCGGAAAGCAGCCUUCGAAACAUUGGUUAAACAAAUUUUCGAUAAAUUGCCUAAACUGUUAAUUACGAUGGAGCAAACACGUGCCCAACAAACGGCGCCGGAAAUGAAGACUCUUCUGGAUACUUUACAAGCUACACUUGAGCAUUAUCUUGGACAACCGACGCAAGAGCAUGAAAAGCGUGUGUACAACUAUCUUUGCUAUGGAUUGGCAAAGUUUAUAGAAAAUGUCAUUGAAAAUGUGCACAAAAAUCAGCAAGAAGACGAACGAGUUGCUCAGGACGAAAAGCCUGGCAAUGGGCACCUUACACUAGCGGUUCAACUUGCUAGGAAGGCUUACAAAGAACGUCCAUAA